UCAAAUCACUGUCUGAAAUUUUUUUCUCCCUUUUGUUUCCUUAAACCCUUUGAAGAAGCAAAAUUAGGGUUUCUCUUGUUCUUCGCAAAUUAGGGAUUUUUUAAUUUUUGUCAUCGUUCUCAUGAAAAGAUGAAUUCGAUUUCCAAAUCGUUGACGAGAAUCGAAUGUUCGCCAUUUUUUCAUCCCAGACCUUCGGAAACCCUUACCGGAAAACGGAUGACCUCUCCGCCGCAAAUCCGUUUCUACACUGCGGCGGCCGUCGGCGGUAAAAACGGAAGUGGAGGGAAGAGACAAAGAGCCAAAGCACCGGAGGUGGCGACAUCUACGAAACCGCCGGAGAUUGUUGCGCCAGUUACGGCGACGAAGGAGAAUGGAUUGGCUCGGCCAAAUGAGAUAGCUUACGAGAGUGAAGUGGCGAAUUGGGUUAAUCUAGUUGGGUUUGUUGAUCAACCUGUUCAAUUCGAAGCUUCUUCUGAUGGUAAAUGCUGGGCUGGUACUGUUAUUUCCCAGAGGUCUGCUUCAGACUCAUCUGCUUUCUGGAUUCCGAUAAUAUUUGAAGGUGAUUUAGCUAAAACGGCAGCUCGGUAUUUAAAAAAAGACGAUCAAAUCCAUGUCUCUGGGAAGCUGUUUAUAGAUACUCCUCCUCCAAAUAUGACUUAUGCACAAGCCAAUGUCCAGGUGUUGGUCCAGAAUCUUAACUUUCUACAGCCUACAUCUCCGUCUGUGGUUAUUUCAUCAUCUGAAAAGGAAGAAAGUGGUGGCAUCGGCAUCAAGAAGCAGCCUGCUACAGCUAAGAAGGACGUAGUCAUGGAUGAAGCUUCAGAUUCUUGGAAUCAUCUCACUGAAAAUCCUAAAGAAUGGUGGGAUCACAGGGAAAAUAAAGUCAAUGGAUUGGUAAAACCAAGGCACCCUGAUUUCAAGAGCAAGGACAGUAGUCUCUCACUGUGGCUCAACAAGGCUCCUAACUGGGUUUUGCCGAAACUUGAAGGACUUGAGUUUGAUGUUCUUGUCCCCAAAGCCAGAGUAGUGAAACAACUUAAAGGAGAAGAAUCAUGGAAGGACUUAGUUCAAAACCCGGAUAAAUGGUGGGACAAUAGAAUUGACAAGAGAAAUGCAAAAGCCCCUGAUUUCAAGCACAAGGAGACAGGUGAAGCACUGUGGCUAAACGAGUCUCCUACUUGGGUGCUACCAAAACUACCACCACCGGUCAAGAAGAGACAAGAAAGUAUUGUCUCGUAGCCUUAAAAACAUUAAUCUCCUUGUAAAGAGUUACAAAGUGUUUGUUUACAAAAUUCGUCUAUUCUCUAUUCAAUUUGCUGAUUAGAGUUUGCGUUU